GCCUGCACGCAGGGAGGAGGAAGCCGCUCCGCUGGAGCUGUGAUGGGGAUUUGAACGCAGCUCCGCGCAGAAGACGGCCCGGGCUCAGAGCGCAGCGGGCGGGUCCGCGUCGUUGAUCCCCCCCGGUUUGGAUGUAACCUGAUCGGUCUCGAGCCUGCGGACUGAGCGGUCUGUCGGUCGGUUGUUUGGCGGUUGCCUGGAGCGGGAGGCCGGGAGCAGGACAGCGUCUGCCCGGGCUGGUGCUGCUGUGGACGGACUGUUGCCGUGGGUCGGAGCGGAGCCCGCAGGGACCGGCUGCUGCCGCUCCCAGUGUCCGUGCGUUGUUCUCCGCGUGCCGGACUGACACUGACUGAUCAGCGCUCCGGUACCGGGACUUGGAUGUGUGUGUUGCCCCGCAGGAGUCACCUGGAGUCCGGGCGGAGAGUCGGGGCCGAUGGCGCAACGGUAUGAAGACCUGGCCCACUACGGCCUGGAGGGGGUGGGGGGGGUUUAUGGAGACCACCACCACCAUCACCACCACGCCGCCGCCGCUGCUCGCUCCCUGCAGGCCGUUCACCUGGCUGCCGCCGCCGCCGCCGCCAGUCCAUACCCUCCACACCAGUACUCCCAGUCCACCCAGUCCACCCACACCCACACCCACACCCACACCCACACCAGCAGCAGCAGCAGCAGCAGCAGCAGCAUGGCUGGGGACGCCGUCAAGAGGGACAGGGACGCCAUUUAUGGACAUCCUUUAUUCCCGCUGCUCGCUCUGAUCUUUGAGAAGUGUGAGCUGGCGACCUGCACGCCGAGGGAGAGCGGCGUGGCCGGAGGAGACGUCUGCUCCUCGGACUCCUUCAACGAGGACAUCGCUGUCUUCUCCAAACAGAUCCGAUCGGAGAAGCCGUUAUUUUCAUCAAACCCAGAGCUGGAUAACUUGAUGAUUCAGUCGAUACAGGUGCUGCGCUUCCACCUCCUGGAGCUGGAGAAGGUUCACGAGCUCUGUGAUAAUUUCUGCCAUCGAUACAUCAGCUGUCUGAAAGGGAAGAUGCCGAUCGAUCUGGUUAUUGACGACAGAGACGGAAACAAAUCGGACAGCGAGGACUUCAUCAGGUCAUCGAACAACCUGGACCAGAUUUCCUGGAGCAGAGAUCAAGACGACGCAGCGUCCAUCCGCUCGGCCGGGACGCCGGGACCGUCCAGCGGUGGACACACGUCUCACAGCGGAGACAACAGCAGUGAACAAGGUGACUGUCUGGAUAACGGCGUGGCGUCGCCCAGCGAUGACGACGACCCCGACAGAGACAAACUGCACAACAAGAAGAGAGGGAUCUUCCCCAAAGUGGCCACCAACAUCCUGAGAGCCUGGCUGUUCCAGCACCUGACGCACCCGUACCCGUCAGAGGAGCAGAAGAAGCAGCUGGCUCAGGACACCGGCCUCACCAUCCUGCAGGUCAACAACUGGUUCAUCAACGCCAGGCGGCGGAUCGUCCAGCCGAUGAUCGACCAGUCCAACAGAGCAGUGAGCCAGGCGGGACCGUACGGCCCAGAUGGUCAGCCAAUGGGAGGCUUCGUCAUGGACGGACAGACACACAUGGGAAUCAGACCACCUGGUCCUAUAGGUGGGAUGGGGAUGGGUGUGGAGGGACAGUGGCACUACAUGUAGCACCAGCACCACCCUGCAGCCAGAGGAGCCGCCCAGCGACCCAGGACACCACGACCUCCAUGGUGGCGAUGUGGAGCAGGACCCCACGCCUCCUCACCUGUCUGUCCCCGAAGCCACACCCCCUCUGGGCAUCUACCUGACCUGAUUGGGAACACCCCACCGCCGCCACCGCCGUCUCUGGGGUGACCAAGACGCUUUGUUACUAGGAUCGUCCAGCUGGAGCACAGACACAGAGAGAGAGAGGACAGAUCCAGAUGUGGAGGAUGAUGGUGAACAGCUGUGUCACCUGAUCACACCUGGACUUCUCGGAGUCAGGACUCAAACGUUGCUCCUCCUCUGGGCCGCAGCUGAUGUCUGUAGGAGGAGGAGCCUGGACAGGGGUCAUGUGACCGGCGCCGUUUUCACUUUAGACGCUCUGAGAGCAGCUGCUGCUUUCACAUGAUGAUGAUGAUGAUGAUGAUGAAAUGAGAGGACAUGUCUGUUCCUCCUCUCACACUGUGUGUGUUUGUCUUUUUUCAUAGACUCUUAUUCUGAAAUAAAAUGCUGCAGCAGCUUUGUGACUGUU